AUGAAGCUAGCCUGCUUUCCCCUUUGUUACCAGGUCACUCCUGGAAGCAAAGCUGCCACAGCUAAUUUAUGUAUUGGAGAUGUAAUCACGGCCAUUGAUGGGGAAAAUACCAGCAAUAUGACGCACUUGGAAGCUCAGAACAAAAUCAAGGGCUGUACAGACAACAUGACUCUCACAGUAACCAGAUCUGAACAUAAAAUCUGGUCUCCUCUAGUGACUGAGGAGGGGAAACGUCAUCCAUACAAGAUGAAUUUAGCUUCUGAACCUCAAGAGGUCUUACACAUAGGAAGUGCCCACAACCGAAGUGCCAUGCCCUUUACUGCCUCACCUGCCCCCAGAGUCAUCAAGAACCAGUACAACAACCCUGCUGGCCUCUACUCUUCUGAAAACAUCUCUAGCUUCAACAGUGCUGUGGAGUCAAAGACAGCAGCUGGUGGAGAAGAGGCGAAUGGCAGACCCUUAGAUCAUUCCCAGCAUUCAGGCAGCCUCAUCAUUGACAAAGAAUCUGAAGUUUACAAGAUGCUUCAAGAGAAACAGGAGUUAAAUGAGCCCCCCAAACAGUCCACAUCCUUCCUGGUUUUGCAGGAGAUCCUGGAGUCAGAGGAAAAAGGGGAUCCCAACAAGCCCUCAGGAUUCAGAAGUGUUAAAGCUCCGGUCACCAAAGUGGCAGCAUCUGUUGGAAAUGCUCAGAAGCUGCCCAUGUGUGACAAAUGUGGGACUGGCAUUGUUGGUGUGUUUGUGAAGCUGCGGGACCAUCACCGCCACCCAGAGUGUUACGUGUGCACCGACUGUGGUACCAACCUGAAACAGAAGGGCCAUUUCUUUGUAGAGGAUCAGAUCUACUGUGAAAAGCAUGCGCGGGAACGGGUCACACCACCUGAGGGCUAUGAUGUGGUCACCGUGUUCCCUAAGUGAUCCAGCAGCUCUGCACUGACGCCUCUUCUCCAGCCAGCUUCUCCUGCACCACUGCCUGAGUGGUGGGGCCCUCUCCUCCGGAGGGUUCUGUGCUUCCUUUGGUUUUAGCCCCGCACGUUAAACGUUGAGUCCCCUUGUAGGAUAACUGAUUCACACUGGCUGGGUGAUGCCUGCUUUUAGUUACUGGAAAGUGAUUUUUUUUUCCCCUUGCUAGGCAACAUUGUACUUUCUUUACCUCAGUUCUUCUCUGCUGCAAAUGGACCUUAGUCACAUUUGAACUAGCCCAAAUUGAGUCUGUCUGAUACUGAUUUUGUUUUACUCAAUAAAUUUGUAGAUUGUAAAGCA